AUGACAGGGACAAAAAGGGGAAAAAACAAGAAGACAAAAAGGACAGGGGAAAAAAGGGGAAAGGCCAAAGGAAAAACAAAGAAAACAGGAAGGACAGACAGGGACAGGGAAAAGGGGGAAAGGAAAAGGGGCAAAAGGACAGGGAAGGGGGCCCAAAGGGGAGACAGGACCCCGGAAAAACAGGGGGGAAAAAGGGGAAAACAGAAAAGGCAAAGGACCAAAAAAAGGGGACACAGGGGGGGAAAAAAAAAGGGAACAGGCCCGGGACAAAAAGGACAACAGGGAAAAGGACCAAAAAAAGGACAAAAGGACCAAAGGGGACCCAAAAAGGACGGGACAAGGGAACAGGGAAAAAGGGACAAGGAAAGGGGCAAGGGGGCAAAGGGACAAAGGGAAAAGGGAAAAGAAACCCCCCGGACAGAAAAAAGGGACAAGAAACAAAAAGGGGAAGGACAAAGGAAACAAGGAAAAAGGGGGAAAAAAGGGAAAAGGGACCAAAAACAGGAAAAACAGGGAGAAAAGGGAAAAGGACAGGAAGGAAAGGGAAGGGAAGGGAAAGGAAGGAGAAGGGAAGGGAAAGGGAAAGGAGAAGGGAAAAAGGGAAGGGAAAGAAAAAAGGGGGGAAAAGGGAAAGGAAAGGGAAAAGGGGGGAAAAAAAAAGGGAAGAAAAGGGAAAGGGAAAAGGGGAAGGGAAAAAAGGGAAAGGGAAGGGAGAAGGGAAAAACAGGAGAAGGGAAAGGGAGAAGGGGAAGGAAAAAAGGGAAAGGAAAGGGAAAGGGAAAAAGGGAAAGGGAAAGGGAAAGGAAAAGGGACAGGGAAGGGAAAAAGAAAAAGGGAAAAAAGGGGAAAAGGCAGCAAGAAAAAAGACAGGGGAAAGGGGAAAAAAAGAAGGGCAAGGACAGGACAGGGGGCCCAAGGAAAGGGGCAGGAAAAACCCCGGGAAAACGGGAAAAAGGGAAAGGGACAAAGGGGGAGGGAAAGGCAGGGGAAAAAAGACAAAGGAAAAAAAGACAGGAAGCAGGAAAGGGAGAAGACAGGGAAAAGGACAAGAAAGGGGAGGGACAGGACAGGACAAAAGGACAGGAAAAAGGACAGGGACAAGCCGGGACCCCGGACAGGCAAAAAAACCCGGCGACCAAAAAACAGGGACAGGGGGCCCCGGGAAAAAGGAAAAGGGGGCAAAGGACAGACAGGGGCAAGGACAGGACAAAGGCAGGGACAAGGGGAAAGGGAAAGCAGGACAGGGACAGGGAAAGGGACGCCAGGGAAAAAGGGAAAAAGGACAAAAGGAAAGGGG